GUGUGUGUGUGUGUGUGUAGGGACACAGCAGGCCAGGAACGGUUCCACACCAUCACCACCUCCUACUACAGAGGAGCCAUGGGCAUCAUGCUGGUCUACGACAUCACCAACGCCAAGAGCUUCGAAAACAUCAGCAAAUGGCUGCGCAACAUUGACGAGCAUGCAAAUGAGGACGUUGAGAGGAUGCUGCUAGGCAACAAGUGUGACAUGGAGGACAAGAGGGUCGUACCAAAAGCCAAGGGGGAGCAGAUUGCGAGGGAGCACGGCAUUAGGUUUUUUGAGACGAGUGCUAAGGCCAACAUCAGCAUCGAGAAGGCUUUCCUCACGUUAGCAGAAGACAUCCUCAGAAAGACGCCUGUAAAAGAGCCCAACAGUGAAAAUGUCGACAUCAGCAGCGGAGGUGGAGUCACAGGCUGGAAGAGCAAGUGCUGCAGUUGAACAACUCCUCAGUUUCACUCACACUAACACACACACACACACACACACAACACGCACACACACACACACACCAACACGCACACACAUCAACACACGCGCGCACACACAGUUUCUCUUUCUCUCUAACGGCUAACUCUAACUCUCGCUCUCUAACCUGUCUCAUGAGUUUUCUUGCACACUGACACUCUGUCUGUCUCUUUAUCAGAAUAAAACAAUAAACCACUUUGCUCGUCUAAUCCCCCCCCCCACCCCCACCCCCACCCCCCUCCACCAUAUUCUUCCACUCUCCAUCUGAUGAUCAUUUUUAUUUCUGAUAAAAAGAGAAAUCCAGUCACGUUUCUUGUCAUUUGUUUUAAAAGUUGUAAAAAAAAAAAAAAAAAAAAAAAUGGAAAGUGUGAAAAGACAAGCUCGUAUUUUUAAUAUUUCCUUUGCCUGAGCUCACCUGGUUGGGACACCCUCACCCACCCUUAACCCCACCCCCACCCCCAGCACUCACCUUCAGUCAGAGGAAAUGGAAAGACAAAUGUAGGAUUAACAUUUUGUACACUUAGUGGGUUUCUGUCGUCUAACCGUAUUUGGUCAUUUACAGUUUGUUACGAGUGACGGAGGCGUGGCUCGCUCCUUUUGUAUGUGGGGUUUAUUUUGUCCUGUGCCUUAUAUGGAAGACAGGGGCGGGGCUGUGUGGUGAGCGGCGCCACAUCCACCCAAUGAAAUUACAGUUGAAUCUGUGGGUCCAGGGUCCCGUCACAAGGACGCCGGAACUGAAGCAGAAGCGUUUGAAUUUCUCCUCCAGCCAAGAGAACGGCAUUAUACAGUAUGUCCUGUUCGUUGAUGUUUUGUUUUUAUCUGUAUGAUUUAUUUUACUUUUUAUUUCUUUUUUUCCCCCCAAUUUGGGUUUGAAUUUUUUAUUUUAUUUUUCUCCUGCAUGCAGAUUUCUUUGGGUUGGAAGCGUUUCUGUAACGUUGUGUAACGUUUGCCACUGGGUAACUGUGGGCGGGAGGUGCAGAAGUUCUCUUUGGAAAUUCAAACAGUUUUGCAGAUCCAUUAAAAAUAAGCUUGUUUAAGUUAA